ACUGAAUACAUGAAAUUAUGAAAAUGAAACCUAUUCUGUGCCUCUGCGGUCCGGGCUUCCGAGUUCCGGCGAAUGUCGUUAUCAACAGAUGACAGUUGAUGUUAAGUUUAUGUAGAUUUAUUGUUAACAUCAGAUUGCUAAUUUUUUCCCUUUAUCAGUUAGAGAGAUAACAUAAUCUCUUAGGGAUCCAGCCGGCGGUGGAAAACGAAAUAAACAGAGCAUGACCGCAAGGGUUUUUCCGGUUCACGUCGUCCCGUUUUUACGAAAAAUUAAAUAAAAAUAUUAACAAAACGUACCGCAAUAUAAUAAGUUAUAACAAUAUUACUCGUUUAGAUUUGAGAAACGGUCCGCAGUGACAGCAGUCCCACCUCUCGCCGCCGAAUCUUGUCGACGAAGACCGACUCCUACUCCUCUCCGCUGCCUCGGCCGUUUCGACAAUAUCGAAUAAUAUUAUUAUUAUUAUAAUAUUAUGUCAUCGCCGCCGUCAGCGUUUUGAGUGUUGCCUCUGUUCAGUUGUCAGUUAUUUAUUCAUCCGUUCGCGUUCGUGUGGCGCAGACGGCCUGACGCCUACUCGUAUUGUUUUCGCGAUCUUUUGACGUUUUCCUUUCUCUCGUCUUCGUUCCGCAACAAUGGCGGAACGCCAGGGAGAAGAGCUUCGGUUACGUGACGUCGACAAUGAUUCGUCUGCGUUGGUAGAGGAGGCCGCGGACAGCACGCUGGAGAAACCGACCGUCCGGCAGACCGUUUGGCGGGUGACCAAGGGUCUGGUACCCGUGGUCACCAUCUACGCUCUCGGCUUUUGGCGCGUGGCGUCCGCCAGCGUCUGGGUGCUCAUGCCGUUCUUUUUCUGCUUGUCGGUCGUCCGCGAUCUCCUGCGCGACGCCGGUCGGACUAAGCGCCGGCGCGCUCAGCUGGCCGCGGCUGCCGACGAGAAAGACCUGAUCACCGCCAAUGUUGCUGAGCUACCGUCUUGGGUGUUCUUCCCAGACAUCCACCGCGCCGAAUGGCUCAACCAGAUUAUCAAGCAGAUGUGGCCGUUGAUUAGCGUUUAUGCUCAGAGUACCAUAAAGAAAACCGUAGAACCAAUGGUCGCCGAGAGCCUACGCGAAUACAAAAUCAACAAUUUUGCGUUUGAUAAGUUACGACUGGGAUCAAUACCGCCCAAAAUUGGAGGUGUCAAAGUAUAUGAUAAAGUGUCGCGGGAUCAAAUAAUGUUGGACAUUGAUGUUAUAUUUGCCAGUGAUAGUGACAUAUCGUUCUAUGUUAGUGGAAUCCCUUGCGGUAUCAAAGACUUCCAAAUUCGUGGUAUGAUGAGAGUGGUUAUGAGACCAUUGCUCACUACUUCACCUCUGGUAGGAGGAAUGCAGAUAUUUUUCCUAAAUCAACCAGACAUUGAUUACGAUCUGAUGGGCGUUGCCGACGUACUGGAUAUGCCUGGCCUCAAUGAUGUAUUAAGAAAAGUUAUUUCUCAACAAGUAGCUGCUUUAAUGGUUUUACCAAACAAAUUGCCUAUAGUAUUGAGCAAUGAAAUAGCUGCACAUGUAGUUAAGUUACCUGAACCAGAGGGUGUCCUACGUGUACACAUCUUUCAAGCUAAAAAUUUGGUAGCCAAAGACAUGAGCUUAAUAAGAAAAGGUAAAUCUGAUCCAUAUGUCAUUGUGACAUUGGGUGCACAACAAUACAAAACCCAUACAAUAAACAAUGAACUGAAUCCUAAGUGGGAUUAUUGGUGUGAGUUUGCAUCUUUUUCUCCCAGAGGACAAGUGUUAAAGCUUAAACUUUAUGAUGAAGACGAAAUGGUGGGCAAAAAACAUUCGAAUCUAGGAAGAGCUUCAAUACAAAUUGGCAAUGUUGCUAAAACUGGAUAUUUUGAUAAGUGGAUCAAUUUAGAGGACACUAAACAUGGCAUGAUACAUGUGCGUAUGCUUUGGUUGGACUUGACUUUGGAACAAAGUGCACUAAAGAGGGCCCUUACUGAAACCCAAGAACUGCGAAUAACAAACCUGAGUUCAGCUGUGGUGAUGGUAUAUGUAGACUCAGCGAUUAAUUUGCCGAACGCUCGGGCCCAGAGCAAACCAGAUCCAUUGGUGCGAGUAACAGUUGGUCAAACUACCCAAACGACUGUAGGAAAGUUACGCACUGAACGUCCUGUCUAUGAACAAGGAUUCACGUUUUUGGUGAGCAACCCUGAAACAGACACCAUCGAAUUUAAGGUUAUAGAUCAAAAGACAAACACUCAAUUGGGGUUGUAUGUGUACGAAUUGUCAGCACUACUUCUCGCCCAAAAUAUGCGAGUUGAUACUCAACCUUAUGAUCUGAUAAUUGACAGCAAAAACCAACAGCAUGACAGCAAAUUAUUGUUUUGUUUGCAACUUAAAUUUUUGAAGAAGCUGCCAGUAUUGGUCGAUGUUAAUGACGACAUAUCUACAGUAACAAAACCACUAUCAAGACAGACCUCUGUACAGUCGACAAAAUCUGUGAACAGUGUUAUAACGUCAGCAGACGUCUCUGAGAUUCAGUCAUCGGCUGUUGGCGCUAACACGCCCACGGAUGGUAUGAGUAGAACUUCGUCGAUUAAAAGAGAUUCAACGGUAUCACGAAGUUCACAUGCCGGUGGCGGUGAUCAAGAACCACUCAUUGAGCAAGCUGAAACUACCGAACUGUUAUCCGAACCAGAAGAACCAGCCCCCGGCACAGGUGUUUUAGGCAGCAUACAACUUACAUUAACAUUCAGUGUGGCCAGACAACGUCUCAACGUUACUAUACACAAAGUUGUUAACCUACCAAUCAAAGAAGCUUCAGACAUCCCUGAUCCUUAUGUCAAGUUGUAUGUGCUACCCAAGAAAGAAAACAGUAACACCAAACGUAAAACUGAAACGUACAAGGACAACUGCAAUCCAGUUUACGAAGAAACAUUCGAGUACAUCAUGGGAGUGGCAGAGUUGAAUAGCAAGCAGCUGGAGGUGACUGUCCUGACUAAGAAAACGUGGCACAGUCCAGUUUUGGGUCAGAUAGUGUUGAACAUUAGCGAUUAUGUCAAUGUAAAUACUCCCAGUUUUACUGGUUGGUUUGAUUUAGAAACCGAAGUCAAAGAAGGCACCGUUGGCUAAUUCUGUUGCACAGGGCUUUAAACAUAAUAAUAUUGUCAUUAAUUUUAUGAACGGAGUACAUUUAUUAUUUUAAUACAUUAUGGUGCUUAAAUAUUAUGAUUUACCUUAAGGCCGCAUAAUGUGUAUUUAUUUUUAAACUAUUA